CGACGAAAUUAAGAAAAUGAAAUUUAAUUUUUAAAUGAAAUAACGUCAUAAUAUCUACAUAUAAACUGUGAAAUAGCACGAGGUACGCAAGACCAGUUUUAUUCAAGGACAAUGACGCAUUGAAGACACGUAGAGUAGACUUCCAGAGGUAGUCUCAUAAACGAGGUCGUACAGUUAACAUCCACUCUCUAAUAUUAUUAUGUAUAUAUUAUAAUCAAAUAAUUUUUACAGUUAAACUUGAGCGCAGUAUACUUUACAACUUAAAAAUAGAAAUUUAUUUAGUAUCAAUUAAAACAAUUAUGGAAACUCUAGAAAAAUUUUAUAAAGUUACUGCUCAUCAGGAGUACGAAAAAAAUCCAAAAUUAACAGUUAAAGACGUACAAGAACUUCUGACGUGGAGUAACGAAAAUAUAAAUUUACACGGAAAAAUGAUUGAAUAUGCAAAAAAAGUAAUAUGUCAAUGCUACACUUUACGAGCUAAGAAAUGCCUUCCAUACUUUUCAGCAAGAGAUCCAGCACACCCUUUUAAUCAAAGACAAUUGGAUGUUGUUAAUAUUAACAUUAUUCCGGACGAAGAUACUCGCUACAGUUAUAUAUGGUCGCAGUUGAAAAUUGUCGAUUCUUCACAAUAUUAUCCAACUGUGGCGACAAAACUAACUUUUAUGGCUAUCGAACUUGACCAAAUUGAAUGUGGUACUAAACCGGGUUAUAUUAUGGUACUUGAUUCAAAUCGUUUCGGCCUAAGUCACGCAUUGCGAUAUUCCCUAUCUAACGCAAGGAAUUUAAUGACAUACGUCCAGGAGGGUACGUCUUUCAUAAUUGAUAAAAUAUUCGUUCUUAACGUCACUUCAGGAACUGAAAGAGUAUUCUCAACAAUGAAACCAUUUAUGAGCUCUUCGUUAAUAAAUAAAGUUGUAAUAAAAUCAGUUUCGAAGACUAACGAGUUUAUAAAAACAUUGCCACAAAAAGUUGUACCAAAGGAUUAUGGUGGUCUUGCGCCUGAUAUGGGUGAAACUAAUGAACUUUUGAAGAAAAAACUAUUGGAAAAUCGUGAUUAUUUUUUGGAAGAAGAAAAAUUUAGAAAUGGUCAUGUCAAAGACGAAGUAGAUACAACAAUUGAUAGUAAUGAUAAAGAUGAUAUAAGUUCAUUUAAAAACUUAAGCAUUGAUUAAACUUAUUUUACUACUUAUAAAAAACUGUAUUGUUAAAUUUAAUUUAUAAUUU